AUGGGGCGACUACGUUGGAUGAAUUCGCGGUGCAGCAAACACUCUGCUGCUCUUAUUGUUGCUGCUGCUGCACAGACAGAAGCAAUCCUCCAACAAGAAGUUUCUUCAGAGGCAGAAGCCAGACGUCUACUACAAAACUUUGAUGCCCCUCAUGUACCAUCAAUGCUUAAUGAUCUCCUCUAUAAACACUGCAUAGCUGUCUGCGUCUCCCCUAAUUCAGAGGAAGGGGCUUGUUUUAGAGGGAUGGAAGCUGCACAAGUUGAGGUUGCAGGACAGGUAUACAAUGUGGCUUUGCUGCUGAAGCCAACGGAGGCGGAGCAGCAACGACAGAAGCAGCAGCAGCAGCAGCAGCAGCAGCAGCAAUUGCAGCAGCAGCAGCAGCAGAAACCGUUGCUGCAGCAGCAACAGCAACAGCAACAGCAACAGCAACGUCUGAUGCAGCAGCAACAACGACAGCAGCAGCUGCAGCAGCAAGUCUUGCUGCAGCAACAGCAACUACACCAACAGCACUUGCGGCAGCAGCAGCUGCACCAGCAGCAGCUGCAGCAGCAACAACUGCAGCAGCAACAACUGCAACAGCAACAACUGCAGCAGCAGCAAUUGCAUCAGCAGCAAUUGCAGCAGCAGCAACUGCAGCAACAGCAACUGCAGCAACAGCAAUUGCAGCAGCAGCAACUGCAGCAACCGCACCUGCAGCAGCAAGUGGUGCAACGACACCAGCGGCAGCAGGCACCCCUAUCCAGCCCCCAGCAGCAGCAGCAGCAGCAACAGCAGCAGAUGCUGCUGCAGCAGCAGAGGGACGCUGCUGCUGCUAUGCAUGCACAUAGCCCUCUCCCCUAUCAGCAGCAGAUGAUGCAGCAACGCCUGCAGCAACAGCAGCACCAACAACAGUUCCUGCAGCAGCAACAGCAACAGCAGCUGCUGCAGCAACAACAGCAACAGCAGCUGCUGCAGCAACAGCAGCAGCAGCAACAGCAGCAAAUGCAUGCUCAGUGGCUGCAGCAGCAGCGCGUGCUGCAGCAGCAGCAACCGCAGCAACCACAGCAGCAACCGCAGCAACCUCAGCAGCAACCUAGGCCUCAGACCCAACAGCAGCAGCAACAACAGCAGCAACAGCAGCAGCAACAGCAGGCUGCUGCUGCUGCUGCUGCUGCUGCUGCUGCUGCUGCUGCAGAGAAGGAGGAAGACGCGCUGUAUGUCUUAAUGGAUGACGGGAGUGCCGAUUGA